UUCGCUUUGUUCAGUCCUUAUCCAAUAGCCGGGCAGGUUGCACGAUUACGACAGACAGCAACAAGAAGUUUCCAAAAUGGGGCUCGAAAGUACCAUGGUCUGUGUGGACAACAGUGAAUACAUGAGGAAUGGAGACUUUCUACCAACGAGACUACAAGCUCAACAAGAUGCUGUCAACAUUGUUUGCCACUCCAAAACACGAAGCAAUCCAGAAAACAACGUGGGCCUCAUCACUAUGGCAAAUAACUGUGAGGUCCUGAACACGCUGACGCCAGAUUCGGGCCGCCUCUUGUCCAAACUGCACGCCAUCCAGCCCAAAGGAAAGAUCUGCUUCUGCACCGGGAUCAGAGUGGCCCAUCUGGCUCUAAAACACAGACAAGGGAAAAACCACAAGAUGAGGAUCAUUGCCUUUGUUGGGAGCCCCGUGGAGGAUAAUGAAAAAGAUCUUGUCAAGCUGGCAAAGCGCUUGAAAAAAGAGAAAGUGAAUGUGGAUAUUAUCAACUUUGGAGAAGAGGAGCUGAACACAGAGAAGCUGACUGCUUUUAUAAAUACUUUAAAUGGGAAGGAGGGGACUGGUUCCCACCUGGUUACAGUCCCUCCAGGACCCAGUCUCGCUGAUGCGCUGCUCUCCUCUCCCAUCUUGGCUGGUGAAGGAGGCUCUAUGAUGGGUCUGGGUGCCAGUGACUUUGAGUUUGGUGUGGAUCCCAGUGCCGAUCCAGAACUGGCCCUGGCCCUGCGUGUAUCAAUGGAGGAGCAGCGACAGAGGCAGGAAGAGGAGGCCCGCAGAGCUUCUGUGGCCUCUGCAGCAGAUGCAGGCAUGCCCACACCCAGUGCAGAUGAGUCAGAGGAGGCCUUACUGAAGAUGUCUGUAUCUCAGCCUGAGAGUGGUGCACCAGUGCUUCCUGACUUCAGCAGCAUGACGGAAGAGGAGCAGAUCGCCUACGCCAUGCAGAUGUCUCUUGCCGGGGAAGAGUAUGGAGAAAUGGACACAGCAGCCCCCAUGGACACUGCAGAAUCUGCCAAGGAGGAAGAUGACUAUGAUGUAAUGCAAGACCCGGAGUUUCUUCAGAGCGUCUUGGAGAACCUGCCUGGUGUCGACCCGAACAACGAGGCCAUUCGCAACGCCAUGGGUUCCCUGGCCUCCCAGACAGGAAACAAGCCCGAAGGCAAAAAGGAUGAAGAGAAAAAGAAGUGAGGGGCACACGAGAUGGACACAGUCUUCAAACAUUGGAUAGAAAAGAAAUAAACGAACAAUUGCAGACUAAUGCAGGAUUACUUUAACAUACCAAAAUAUUGCUGAUGCAUCGUCGGACUGAUAGCCCAGUAUUAGACCGCACUCUGACAUUUAAUCCCAUUGUUUUCUGUCAGACACUCAAAAGUACUGAUAUAACAGUAAUACAAUUCAAGUAUUGAAUGACUAUUUAGUGUCAAAUCUGAAUACCCUCUACUAUAAAUUGAUAUCAUCCUAAAAUGUAAUAUGCUUAAGAUGCAGGGUCUCCUGUUAAAUUGCCUUUACCCUACAUUUUGUCUACAUGGUAUAAUUGACCUUUCCGGUGAGCAAGAAUUUGUCAUGACAGGCUCAUAAACAGAUAGCCACACUCCUGUCAUGUAUGUGUUUUUGCAAUAAAAUCAUUGU